CUUCCCUGAUUUUCAUGUCGAAAGACUCAAAACGGCCAGCUUCUUCGAUAGACAGUGAAGAUGAGAGUGUAGAAAGAAAAGUUCGUCGGAAAGUAGAAAUCAAGAACGAGAAAGCAGCGGCAGAAACUUCGGUGUCUCUGGUUUCAAAUGACAUGGGUCGGGAUCUCCAGGCCCUCCAGAUUCAGAACAACCAAAUCCAGGAACUGAUAAACAAACAGCUGAAGGCUUUUGCAGACACACAGAAGAAACUCGCUCAAGAACGCGAAGAAUCUGUCCUCGAGAAUGCUGCCCUCAAAUCUGAAAAUGAACGGAUGAAGAACAUGGUGGAGAAGGAAUGGAUGGAUAAACUUCAAGCGGCCAAGAACGAGGCGAAAGGAAUGAGACAGGAGAACGAAACGCUGAAACAAGAGUUGAAGGAUAAACUUCGAGCGGCCGAGAAUAAGGCGAAAGGGAUGAAGCAGGAAAACGAAACGCUGAAACAAGAGCUGGAACUACUGAAGAACUGGAAGAGCAAGAUGAAUCAAUUAAAGGGCGAUCUGGAUACUCUGUUCAACAUGGACUCCGCACAGAUCCAAGCGCCAUCCGUUGACCCCGUUCGAACGCAGAAAAACGCGCCACCGGUACUGAGAGGUGUCAAUGGCACGUCAUCACAGGGAACACCAUCCGAGCAGCCUACUGUACGGCACGUACAACAGAUCGUGGACAACUCCGAAUCUCAACCUCGCCCACAGUCAUCACCUCUUUCCAGACUAACAAACAGCGGCGGCAGAGAUGCCCGGGUUCGCAUAUUCCCCCUUUGUUGAGUUGGCUCCUUCUCACGUGCGCUUUUUUCUUCUUUAUGUGUAUGUCUAUAGGUCAAGUUCGUGCGUUCUUACCCUUCUCGACAUUCUUGUUCUUUCAUGAACUUCGCGUACAUCUUUUGUAGACCGGCAAGCCACUGAGAAGGCAGUUAUCAGGCCCGGCGCGUCGUUGUAAGGCGGGGCCAUUGAACGCCACCCCCACCGCCAGCCCGAGGACUAACGUCUACCAGCCUGCGUCUGAUUAUGAUUAUGACGAUAUGUGGGCGGCGCUAUUGGAUUUGCCCACCCCAUUUCGAUAAUGCCGUACUGUCCAGGAAUUGUGUUGCGUCGGAAUUUAUUCAUUUCUUGUUUGUUUACAUGUCGCCGUUAAAUACAUUACAUAAAGCUAGCUUUGGAAUCUGUAUCAAGAAUGUUCAAGCACACCG